UUUUUUUUGGCUGAGUUGGGGGUUGAGGUCGUCGCGGGGGUUCGGCGAUUUGGUGAUUUGUCGAUGCGGUGCCGAAUGGUCCAUCGUGUGCGUGGUGUUGUUGAUUUUGGGUGGUUGUGGAGAGUGAGUAAGCUUGGAGGGUAAUGGUGCAGUAGGGUUUUGGUUUCAGAGUUCGAUUUCGAGGUUCUUAGGUUUGUCGAUGGCGUCCGUUAGAAGUUGGAUCUUGUCUGAUUUUUGUUAGAGGCUUUCGUUGUGGCCAGUUCUUGCAUCGUGUUUGGUGACAAUGGUCUGUUUGUGUUGAGUAUGUAUCAGCGGUGCAGUAGUGGUGAAUAGACAUUUUUGUAGUGCUUUUCAAAGUUUUAAUUGCUCGCUAAUGCCACUGUGCUUUGGAGCAAUGCUACGAAUGAGAAAUGGUUUUAAUCUUGGUGGACUUUAGAAUUUAGCUAUCGCAGUGUGAGUGGGCUUCGUCGCCCUUACAGAAAAUACCGUCAGGAAGCUCAUUUUCUAUUCUCAUUAUUAUUAUUAUUAUUGAAAAGAGAGUGGUGGCUUCAGUGGGUGUAUACUGGGAUCUUACCUCUUUUCUAGUUCGAUUGAAGAGUUGGAGUUUUACGUUGCGAGUAGCUACCUGUGAGGAUGCGGAUAUACAUCAAAUUUGUAUUUUCCACGCAGUAAAUUACUUUGAGCAAGCGAUUAUCAGAGAAUUUUUGAGGUUGCAGUAGUAGCAUCCAAUGUUCAACUCAAUCGGUAGUUCCGCCACUCUCUUUAAAUACGCACUUCCUGUGAUAUAAGGUGGCGAGAGGUGGAGACAGAGGUGUUGGGAGAAAAAACAUCCUGUGCUGAGAGGAGCUACAUAUGUCGGGUUUGUCACCGAUGUAUACGCCACAGGGUAUGCGGGGGUCUCCACAUCAAAGAGAGACACCUAUCCGAUCUCUGGCACGAGAGAAAGGAAAAACUUCACCAGCAACUGCUACUACUGUAGGUGUGGUGACGACCACAAUGACUACCUUAACGGCGGGAGGUGAGGAAGGUCUGGUUCUCAUGAAUCCUUUGACCGGAGCGCCAGACACAAAUGGAGAGGCUGAUGGAGUGCCGGACACUGAUGUCUGGAAGAGGUUCCAGAGUGAAGGCGCUCUGGACAUUUCAUCUCUCGAACGCAAAGACCGCGCUGCCUUACACGCUCGGAUCGCUGCCUUGGAAGCUGAGCUAUACGAUUACCAGUACAAUAUGGGUUUGUUACUGCUCCAGCGCAAGACAUGGUCGUCCCAAGUUGAUGAACUCAAAGCUGCAGUUGCAGAUGCUCAAGGAACACUCCAGCGCGAGAAGGCUGCACAUUUAUUGGAAUUAACUGAAGUGAUUAGACGUGAGGAAGCUGCAAAGAGUGCCCUGGAAACUGAGAAGCAGUGCGUUGCGGAUUUGGAGAAGGCGUUGAAGGAAAUUCAGGCUGAUGAGUCGGAAGUCCGACAAGCAGCAGAUAAGCAACUCGCUCAGGCUCGGGAGUUGGUGGCCAGUAUAGAAGAGCGAUCUAUUCAGGCGGACCUGAAAUUGGCACAAGUUCAAGUUGUGCGUGCUGAUGCAAAUCGUAAACUUCAAGAGUCUGAGCACCGGCUUCAGGAAGUGGAAGCCCGAGAGGUCGCUCUGCGUCUAGAGCGCCAUAGUCUAAUUGCCGAUGUGGAAGCACGAAAGGAGCAAGUGGAGUCAGAAGAGGCCAGCUUGAGGGAGUGGGAAAAACGACUUGAGGACGGCAGGAUGCGAUUGCAGGAAGGAGAACGGCUUCUCAAUGAGCGUGAAAACUCCUUGAAGGAGCGAGAUGAGGCCUUGAAGCAGAUUAAUCGAGAGGUGGCAGAGGCCCGUUCAUACAUUGAAAAGGAACGGGUUCUUAUCCAGAAAUCAGAUGUUGAUCUCAAUGCUCGUGCAGUGGCUUUCUCAGAGAAAGAAAGGGCUUUAAGUGAGCGAGAGUUGGAGAUAUUGAAAAAGGACCAGGAUUUGAUACUCGCCGAGGAGAGGAUUGCAGAUAAAACCCGGGAAUUUGAGACUCGCGAGCAACAAGUUCGGGAGACGGAAGUAUACUUUGGGCAAGAGAGAACUCGCUUGAGUGACUUUGAAACUGCUUUGAAAUUUAGGGAGGAGAGCUUAGAAGAGCAGAAACAUGAACUCGCUGAAAUGGAAAAAUUUCUCAAGAGUCAUACGUCAGAUGUGGAUUCAAAGAAAGCAGAGUUGCUGACAGCGGAGGAAGAGCUGCGCUCAGUUCGCAAAGUACUUGCUGCCGAGAAAGAGGAGGUCGAAACCUUGAAACUAGUUGCUGAAUCCCGGGAGGCUAGGUUGCGGCAUCUGGAAGCAGCGAUCACGGCAAGGGAAGAAGAGUUGGAGUUGCGAGUCCAGGAAGUCGUGGACCGCGAGAAGGUUUUAGAGCGUCGUUUGGAGGAGGUGAGCAACUUGGAACAAGGUAUACGUUUUGAGGAAAAGAAGUAUGAGAACGAACAUCAGCGCAUUGCGGAGCUGAAGGAGGAGAUUCGCAAAGCCAAGCAGGAAAUGGAGGAAAAUAAACGGAAGCUGGAACUUCAAAAGCAACAGAUUGAGGAGGAGAGAGAGCAUCUUCGGCGAGAGUGUGAGCUUGAGCGACAGGAAAUUGAGGAAGAGAGGGAGAAGGUCCGGAAAGACUGGGAGGAGGAGCGCGAGGAAUGGGAGCAGCAAAGGCUUCUUGUCCAAAAGGAUGUGGAGUACAAGAAGGAGCAGCUAGAGUUAGAGCAGGAGCGUCUCCGUGGAGAGUUGAAAGCAGAACGUGAAAGGCAGGGUGCAGAACUAGAAAAUCUGCGUGUGAAUCUCCACAAUAACCUGGAAGUACUGCGUGAGAAACUGAAGGCAGAAGUUGAGUACGAACGCGAUGCCCUUCGCAAGGAGAUCGAAGCUGACCAGGAACGGGUUGCAGGCCUUCGGGAGGAAUCACGGAAGGCCAUUGAAGCUGAAAGAGAGCAGGUUGAUGAGGGGCGCAGCCGGAUCAGACGGGAGCUUGAGCUCGAGAGACAGCAGCUGAUAGAGGAGAGCGAGCGAGCACAUGCUGCAAUUUACCUCGAGAGGCAAAAGUUUGAAGACGAGCAAGAGAAACUGAAGGCGCUUGAACAGGAGAGAGAAGAGCUUGUUAGGAUUCAAGUUCAAUUAAAGCAGGAGAUCGACGAAAUAAGGGCAAGGAAACAAUUUGUAGACGAAGAGGCCCAAGAGCUGAAACAGCAGAAGGACCGAUUUGAGCGGGAGUGGGAGCUCCUGGACGAGAAGCGGGAGGCCACGAGAAAAGAGCGAGAGAGGUUUGAGGAAGAGUUUAAGAGGGUCACUGAAUGGAUGCGUGAUGAGGAAGAGCGGCUGAAAGAAACAAGGCGGGAAUUUCAGGAACAAUCUCGAAGGAUGACCGAGGAACUCCAGAAGGAACGGAUAUCAUGGGAGUCACGCUUGGAGACUGAGCGAAACCAGCUCUACGCACAGCUCGAUGCGGAGCGCCAAGAAUUGAACCGCAACCUUGAACGCCAACGCGAGGAUCUUGACCGUCGUCUUGAAUUAGAAAGUGAAGCCUUCGCGAAGCAAUUUGAAGAGCGGGAGGCUCAAUUGAGGGCUGAGGUAGAGCAGGAGAAGGAAGAUCUGAGAAAGAAUCGUGGCUCUGUCAUUGGAGAAUUAGAGCAGCUGCGGGCAGAGCGCUCCAAGCUUGAGAAAGAGCGUCAGGAACUCUUGAAACAACGAGCAGAUGCUGAGAAAGAAUGGGAUGAAAUCAAGAAGGAUAUCCACCAGCUGCAGGUGCAGGGUGAGAAGCUACGUGAGCAGCGCCAGAGUCUGCACAUUGAGCGGCAAAACACGCUUCUUGAGACUGAGCGGCUGCAAAAGCUGCGGGAUCAGAUGAAAGGUUCUGAGGGCUCCAUGAGUAUGCGUGUGUCGGAACAACCAAUGCGCAUGGAUGAGGAGGUUGUGUCUCCUCAUUCGCACGGUCUCGUUCGCACUGAUACUCUGCGAACAUCUGCACUCCCCUUUGUGCUCGGGACGCACCAUGCCUCAAGCUCCCAAACACCUUCUCGAAGGAUGAUUGCCAGGACGCCGAGUAGACUUGCAUGGAUUCAGCGAUGUGCAAGCAGGGCUUCCCAGUUGUUUUUGUCCCCUAACAAGCUGCUAACAGGUCAAGAACCAAUUCUGGAAGAGAAGACAGAUGACGAGGGUGAGCCAAGGCUAGGUGCAAAUGAUCCAUGCUCAAGCUUUAACCAGUCACAGCUCGGCCAGGUCUUGGAUACUACAGAAGAUUCUCAUAGGUUCAAAAGAACAUGGUCUACACAAAGGGUCGUUGAAGAGGCCAAUACUAUUCCGGGGUUACAGGAAGAGAAGAACUUUGAGAGCAGAAAUCGCUCAAAUGUUGUUACAUUCUCUACUCCUGAUGCAAGUGGUGAUACUCGGAAAAAGAAAAGAGCUAGAGGAAACGUGGAUGAUGAAGUGCCCCUUCUCCAGUCGCAGCCGGAUGCAGAGGACCAGGGUGGCACGAAGCGGAAGAAGAGGAUCAAAGAUAUUAUGGUCGAGUCUGAGACCAACGGUGACUCUCUUAUUGACACCCCACGUUCUCGUGUUGGUACUCCGGCCACCAAGCGCUACAAUUUUAGGCCCACUACCAUCGUGAACAUGAUGGGUGCCUCUGAGAACGAGUCGUCCCGGCAUCAUGAUCAUUCAAAUAAGAAGGCAGCUUCUGCAGCCAACCAACCAGCAGCUGCAUCUGUCGACAGGUUGCCCGACGCUUCAUCACAACCCGUUCAAGACACUGAGAUUGACAUGCACGAAGCGCCGACUGUGGAAGAGGGAUUCGAAGCACGCGAACAAAAUAAUUCAGUAGCAGAGGAUGAUCAAGAAAGGGAUACAACUGCUGCUGUGGCUGAUCAUUUUCCUAUAACGCAAGUAGUGACAGAAACCACUACAACCGUAACUGAAACUAUCAGAGAACAAGCAGUUUUUGAUCUAAAUAUAGGAGUAGAGAAUGUAGAGAUUGCUAGGACAGUGCCAGAGCAAGAAGGUAUUCCGACGGCAGGAGAAGUAUAUUUGUCCAGGUCGGUGUGGUUGCCCGGUGAAGCAGAGGAGGCAACCGCAGGUGAUUCUCUUGUUCAGGCCGAUGAAGCUGAUGCUAGGGAUGCACAAAACCAGUCCGAUCGUUCUGAUGAGGAAGUUGCUGAGGUAACGGAUGACUCAGCUGAGGAGGUUGAUGAAGAUGGGAAUGGUACUGAGAGUGGUGAAAAUGGUGAUGCGGCUUCGGUUGGUGGAGAAUCUCUUUCUGAGGAGGAAAGUGGGGCAGAGGAGGUUGAAGAGGAAGAUGUAGGGGAGGUUGAGGAUGAGGAUGAGUAUGACACAAGAGAAGACGAGCCAGACGACGAAGGACCUACACCAACAAUUCGAGAGAAGAUAUGGGACUUUUUAACCACAUGAGUUACGGUGUAAUGAUAUUUAAGCCGCAGGCUUGUAGAAUUGUAGGGUUCAGCAAUUUUAGGGCUAUAGAAUUUCAAUUGACACGCAAAUGAGGGUGGGUCUUCGACUAUGUACCUGACUCCCUCUGCACCUGCCAUUUUUUCUUUAAAGCAAUCAUGUCCAAGUAGGAAAGAGCCGACCGUGUUCGACACUGAUCACAGUUCAUUUUUGCUGGUUGCUUUUGCUUUACUCAUGUACAUACAUGGCAGCAUUACAACUACUGUUUUUAUGUUUUUCUU